AUGUCCUGUUCACAAAAUAAGACUUCUUUCAAUUUGCCUUGGAACGAAUGCAUAUCCAUCGCUUCCGUCGUCAUUGGCGCGUAUGCGUCAUACAAAUACUAUAAGCUAUGCAAAACACAGGAUAUUCCACGUCCAAAAGGAGGUGUGGAGGAACUCAUAGGAAACACUCCUCUGGUUAAAAUCAGAUCUCUUAGCAAGGCUACUGGUGUUAACGUUUACGCUAAACUAGAAUUAUGUAACCCAGCAGGAAGUGCUAAGGACAGAGUGGCAUUAAACAUCAUAAAGACAGCUGAGGAGUUAGGUGAACUUGUCAGAGGCGAACCUGGUUGGGUAUUCGAAGGAACAAGCGGGUCGACCGGUAUCUCUAUAGCAGUAGUUUGUAAUGCGUUGGGAUAUAGGGCACACAUUUCUCUGCCCGAUGACACAUCGUUGGAAAAAUUGGCAUUACUAGAAAGUCUCGGUGCUACCGUUAAUAAGGUUAAGCCCGCUAGUAUUGUCGAUCCAAACCAAUACGUAAAUGCCGCGAAGAAGGCGUGUGAUGAAUUAAAGAAGAAAGGUAAUGGGGUUAGAGCAGUUUUUGCCGAUCAGUUUGAAAAUGAAGCCAACUGGAAAGUUCACUAUCAGACCACAGGUCCAGAAAUCGCCCAUCAAACUAAGGGAAAUAUUGAUGCAUUCAUCGCUGGUUGUGGUACUGGUGGUACUAUAACUGGAGUUGCAAAGUUUCUAAAAGAAAUGGCGAAGAUACCUUGCCAUGUCGUUCUAGCGGAUCCACAAGGAUCAGGCUUUUAUAAUAGAGUUAACUACGGCGUGAUGUAUGACUAUGUAGAAAAGGAAGGUACUAGAAGAAGGCAUCAAGUAGACACUAUUAUAGAAGGUAUUGGUUUAAACAGAAUUACUCAGAAUUUCCAUAUGGGCGAAGAAUUUAUUGAUGAAUCAAUACGUGUUAAUGAUAGUCAAGCUAUUAGAAUGGCGAAAUAUCUAUCAGUGAAUGAUGGGCUAUUUGUAGGGAGUAGUACAGCUAUUAAUGCAGUAGCCGCCAUCCAGGUUGCGAAAAGGCUCUCUCACGGCUCAAACAUUGUAAUUAUUGCAUGCGACAGUGGUUCAAGACAUUUAAGUAAAUUCUGGAAAGAAGCUAAAGAAAUUGGUCAUGACAUAUCAUUAGAAGAAAUAAUAAAUAUCUGA